UUUCAUUUUUAAACAAUAAUCUAUAAGCAAAGGAGAGACAAGCAACAAGAUAGUUAAUAAAGAAAAAUAUUAAAGAUAUAUAUUUUUAUAAACAAGAAAGGCAAUAAAUAAAAUUAAAAUUUAAGUAUCAACAAGAUUAAACUGUAUAUAAAAUAAGAGCACAAAUAUUAGGCUUUAUCAAUAUUUAUACAAAUUUUAGUUCAAGAAUAAAAAUAAGCAUAUAGAGUUACAACUAGCACUGAAAUGAGCCAGCAUAUGAACGGGGAAGUAGAUUAAUAAAUAGAAUCAGAGUUAUAAAAUAGCAUUAAAUAAUAGAUGGAUGCUAAAAAUCAUAAUUCAACUAAUGGUAAUAGUAGUAAAGUUGAAAAUUAAGAGUGUGAUUUGGAUAGCGAAUAGCAAAAAUAAUAAAGUUAACGCAAAUCUAGUGAAAAUGGAAAUGGGGGAAGAAAAUUAAGUUCGAAAUCGAAUAAUUCAUCUUCAUAAAAAAUUUCUAUUAAAUAAGAUUAAUCUUUGUUGGAAUAAUAGCCACCCUUAUCCUAACGCAGUAAUUAGAACCACUCAGAGAAUUAAGACUCUUCUCCUAUUUCUGAUAAAAUUGCAUAAUAAAAUCCUGAAUCAGUUCAAGGAAAUAAAUAAGAAAAUUUGUAAAAAUCUGCUUCAUCUUUCAGGGAUAGUUCUCCUUCUUAAGCAAAUUAGUAACUAAUUGAUGGAGUUAUAGAAGAUAAACAAGCUGAUUUAUAAAGGUAAUAAAGUAACUAGCACAGUAAUUUACAAAAAGCAGAAAGCGAAUAAUAAAAUACUAAUUAGUCAGAUUUCCAAAUAAGGGAAUCAAGUGAAUAAGAAGUAAAACUUCAUUCAUCUCCUAGACCUUCUUAAAAAAAUUCUUCAACAAAAAUGUCAGAAAGCAGCAAAUAGCAGUAGGAGUAGUUACCUACUUAAGAGAAGUAGAUAUAGGAUGAAAACAUCUAAGAAAUGUGCGAUCAAGGAUAGGAAAAAGUUAAGAAAGCAAAGAUACCAAGUAAUAAAAAUGAAGAUCCUAGUGCAUAAGCGGGGAAGCGUAAUAAUGGAAAUGGGGAUGUUGCAUAAGGAAUAUCACUGGAAAUAUAUAAAAUGGUUGAUAAGAUAAGCGAAGAUUUGGAAAAAUAAAAAGAAACCAAUAAAUACUUAUAUGAGGAGAUGAAAGAAUUAUAGCAAAAGAACUCACACCGUUCAGGAGACAAAACUUCAAGAUUAUCUAGUCUUGCUAGUAUAAAUUAAUCUCCUAAAUAUAUUUAAAGUGAAGAUAUUUGCAAAGAGAAGAAUGAAGCUGAAUAAGCUUAGUUAAAUUCAUUUAAUUUAGAUAAAAGUUAAUAAUAGCAGUAAAGUGAAAAGCAUCAACUUCAAACACAAUAAAAAUAAGCUGAUUAAUCUUCUGCUUAAUUUCAAAUGCUUCAUCCAAACAAUAAAUUAUCUCCUCAAAGGUAAACCUUUCAAAAUAACGACUAACAAACUUAAAAUAAGACUGAGCCAAAGACUUUUAUGUAAAACCAAAGUUUUCCAUCACAACCUUCUGAUAAGAAAUAGAUUUAUUCUUCAAAUAUUUCAAGAAGUUAAAUGCAAUAAUAAAGUCCUUAAAUAGGUUUUAAUAACAACAAUUAGUAUUAUGGAAAUAUGAUUAACCCAAACGUGCUAGUCUAGUCUUAGAAUUUCGACAACUAAUCAAGAAUAAUUCCUCAACAUCAUGUUAAUUAAAGUUCAUAGAAUUUCUCCUACAAUUUCUAUAAUGGGCAAAGCUAUGAUCAUGAAAAGCUAAUUGAAAAGCUCAUUUUCCUUCAGAAAGAAAAUGAUUCUUUAAACAAAGAAAAUGCAAUACUGAGAGAGAAAAAUGAAUAUUAUUAGUAGAGACUUAAAUAAAUAGAAAAUGAUAGCAGAAACUAAUUUUUAGCAAUGUCUUUAAACAAAAAUAAUUAAAAUAAUAUCUAUAAUUUUAGCAGUGCUAGCAGUAGCAAUGGAUCUGCCAUUUAGUUGAAUCCAAUUAAUGGAAGUUAUAGUUAAUUUACAACUCCUUUAUCUGAUACAAACAAAAAGAACUUGUCCUCUCCUUUAGAGCCUCAUUACUUCUUAAGUGCCUCUCGAACUAAUAAUUAGAAUGAUAACUCUCUCGGUUCAAACUAAUCAUUAGAUUCAAAUUUAAUUAAAAAACUAUGUGAGAUAUUGUGUGUAGAGUCUCCUGAACAGUUAAUUCCAGUCGCUAAAAAAUAUGAAAAAUGCAUUCAAAGCAUUCCUAAACUCGAAGCUUUUAUUACUUAAAUUUACAAUUUAGUCUUACCAGAAAGUGCCUCUAUAAAGAAAAAUUUGGCACCUAUGAAGGAAAUAAUUAAGGAAUUAACAAUAUGGAAAGAAGAAAGAUUAAAUAUGAAGUAAGGGUAGUCUUAACUAAAAUAAACUCCUUCAGUUCAUUAAAGCCAAAGUUUUAAUAAUAUUUAUAGUUCUGUAAAUGGUAUAUCUCCUAGAGUUUCUUCAGUGGUUCAAUAAAAUUCAAAUUCCUACAGAGAAUAUAUAAAUUUUUAUCAGUCCUUCAUGCAAAUAUUUUAAAUUGAUUAAAACCAAAAAGACGACAUUUUAUAAAAUCUCUACUCAAUCCGUUAAAAAACAGAUGAAUAUCACAAAUUCAUUUUAAAAGUUAAAAAGAUACUUGACUUAGAUCCUUAAAUAAGAGACGAUUUAGUUUUGAAGAUAGCAUUUGACAAAUUAUAGUAAUAUCCAGUAUAUAGACAAUUCACAAAAAGUCUCCAAAAGCACUCAGGAAUCUCAGAUUUAAAUAAAUUGCAUUCUUAAAUUGAGAAGAUGCUCAAUUUGAUGUAAAACAAAGGAAAUUAUCCUAAGAACUAAGUAUGA